UGCUAGCGCCGAGAGCUGGCGCCUCCGCGGUGAGAGCGAGAACCUCGCAGCCCGGCCGUGGGGGCGACGUGGAGGUCGAAGGCAGUGCCUGAAAUCCAGCUAACAGUAGACAAAUCUCUUUAAAGAUCAGUGUCCUUUGGGAACAUUCAAGAUAAAGUUGUAACCAUUUUCAACAAGGACCAGUGAUCAAAAUCCUUCUUUUUAAAAAGAGACUUCCAAGUUAAACAUGAAAGGAAAAUACUAGAAUUGCUUGGAUUCUAACUGACAGAAUAAAGAAUACAGUAUUUCACGGUUACUUAUGAUGGAACCUCAGUAGAAUUCACACUUUGUCAUGCACCCAACUGGGAACAUGGAUGCCGGUUUUUCUCGUUCUGCUCUUCAGACCCUGUCAAGAAGCCACUGCAAAAAUAUCAAACAAAAAAUUUCUCAGUGGGAAGGAAGAACGAAUGGUAUAUCUAACCCAGAAAGGUGGCAUCCAAAGGACUUUGGAGUGAGGUAUAAUAACUGUCAUCAAGAGAUUCUUGAGAAAAAUCCUGUUGUUGAGGGAAAGAGCAAAAAGUUGGAUGCAGCCAACUCUCAAAAUGUCGGUCUAGAUAUCAAUGCAGAUGCCAAAAGCCAGGACCAAACUGACGGUGAAAGUGAGAAACAUGAAGAUAAUCGUACACACCCAUUUAGAAAUGAAUCAGAAUCCAGUUGGGUAUGUUCUCAGGUCAAACAGAUUGAAAGCUGGAAAGACGUUUUGGAUGCAGAGACUUCCUUACCUCCAGGAAAUUUCUAUACCUCACAGAUACUGUGGAAGAAAAUAGAGGCACUUCCCCCAGAUAAAGUCUUCAAUUUGGCUUUAGAACAUUCAGAAAAAGAACUGAAUUUCCAAGUUCCGGAUAGUUCAUAUGGAAUAACCAAGAGCUUAGAAAAUAUUUACUCUGAACCCGAGGGACAGGAAUGUGGACCUUCUAUAAAUCCUUUGCCCAAGCCUCGUAGGACGUUCAGAUAUUUAUCUGAGUCUGGUGUUGUGCCAUGUAAAGAAAGAAACUGUGACAGAAAAAACUGUGAAAAUAAUUCUUGUGCAGAGUAUUCUUUGGCCUCUUCUCAGGAACCCGAACCAAAGAAAUAUGGCAGACAAAUCAGAGGGAGAUCUAAAAGGAAAUCCUUUGAAUUUGAGGAUAUUCAGCACUUUCGAAAUCGGAACUCACAGAAGAUUCAUGAAGAACUUGGAAGAAAUUCUGGCUCAGCACUUUAUUAUACACAGUCUGAGGACAAUAUCUAUGAGGAUAUCAUAUAUCCCUCCAAAGAAAAUCCAUAUGAAGAUAUUCCAAUACAGCCUUUGCCCAUGUGGAGAUCCCCUUCGGCCUGGAAACUACCGCCCCCUAAAAGUGCUUUCAGAGCACCAAAGCUUCCUCCCAAACCUCAGUUCCUGCACCGGAAGACUAUGGAACUGAAGACCUCCCAAGCUUUUUUACGGUCAAAGCUCACAAAGGAUACCACUUUGCCUGUCACUUUAACGGAAUGGAAGCUUUUCCGAGCUGGAGAAGUUGCAAACAGGAAAAGGAAAAAUCUUCCAAGGCUCGUAUUGAAAAUUGCUGAUGUAUUUGAGUCUAAGAGAGGGAAAAAGAGGGUAAAGUUACACCCAUACACUGGAAAAGACGUACCUCCCUCAAAAGGUGAAACCAGUGGGAACGAAAGUGAUGCGGAGUAUCUGCCAAAGAACCGCCACAAGCGCUUAGCCCAGCUCCAGCAGUCUUCCAAGAGGAAUCCUCACUACCAGACCUUAGAGAGGGAUCUUAUUGAAUUACAGGAGCAGCAGCUCUUUGAACUUUUUGUGGUGGUGUCCCUCCAGAAGAAGCCAUCGGAAAUAAGCUACAUUCCCCAGGUCAUACAGCAGUUCCCUGGCAAGGGUGAUCAUGGCUUUAAGCAGUCCAAAGACACCGAAGAGAGGCUCAAAGUUAUCCCCAAGUUUUGUUUUCCUGACUCAAAAGACUGGGUGCCAACCUCAGAACUCAAGAGUGAAACAUUCUCCUUUGUCUUAACUGGUGAAGAUGGGAGCCGCUGGUUUGGUUACUGUAAGAAGCUUUUGCCAGAAGGCAAAGGGAAGCGACUCCCUGAGGUGUACUGCAUGGUUAGCCGCCUGGGCUGCUUCAACCUUUUUUCCAAGAUUCUGGAUGAAGUGGAGAAGAGAAGGGAAAUGUCUCCAGCCCUGGUUUACCCAUUCAUGCGAAGUGUCAUGGAAGCUCCCUUCCCAGCUCCUGGACGCACCAUCACAGUUAAGAGCUACCUCCCUGGGGCUGGCGAUGGGUCUAUUGAACUCUGCCGACCACUGGAUUCCCGACUAGAACAUGUUGACUUUGAAUGUCUCUUUAAGUGCCUGAGUGUGUGCAAUCUCAUCCGGGUCUGUGCCUCCCUCCUUUUGGAACGGAGGGUAAUCUUUGUUGCCAACAGCCUAAGCACCCUGUCAAAAUGUGGCCAUGCUGUGGUUGCCACACUGUAUCCGUUCACCUGGCAGCAUACCUACAUCCCAGUCCUACCAGCAUCUAUGAUCGACAUCGUGUGCUCACCCACUCCGUUCCUUAUUGGAAUCCUGUCUUGCUCCUUACCGCAGCUCCAGGACCUCCCCAUUGAAGAGGUGCUGAUAGUUGAUCUCUGUGCAGACAAGUUCUUACAGGAGGUAUCUGAUGAGGGUGAAAUUUUACCUCCUAAACUCCAAGCUGCCUUGAUGCAGAUUUUGGAAGAACGAAAUGAAAUCUUGGCUCAGGAGCAGAAUUUUUCACAAGCAGACGUGACACUCAACUCUCUGGUGUCUGAGGCAUUUGUGAGGUUUUUUGUGGAGCUGGUGGGACAUUAUUCUUUGAGCAUGACUGUCACUGAGCGUGGGGAGCGUGUAUUCCAAAGGGAACCAUUCCGUAAAUCCCACACCUCCCGAAGUGUACGCCACUUCCUGGAUCUCUUCAUGGAAACUCAGAUGUUUGCAGGCUUCAUCCAGGACCGAGAGCUUCGGAAAAGUGGGGUGAAAGGUUUGUUUGAGGUCCGGGCCCUCCAGUAUUUGGAAACAAUUCCAGAGUCUGAGCCCAGUGGGAUGAAUAGAAUUUUGCGGAGUCUUGGAAGUAAAAUGAAAUUUCUGCAGAAGAAAUGAAAUCUUUGAUAGACUGUCUUCAUCCUAAAUAGAACAGAAAGUGCCAAAGAAAAUAUUUUUCCAAGAGUCAGGAGGCCCUGGAGUAGCCUACAAAAUCCUGGAAAAUUUGAAAAGGUUACAAAGCAGGCCAGGUCCUUGGAGGAGGAUUCUCCUGCUGCUGCUGUAGUAAUCACUGGAGAGUUGUCGAGAGUAGUCUGGAACCAAUGUUCUAAUUACUCUGCCUCCAUUCCCCACCCCCAACCCCCCCAGUAGCCUUUUCUAUUGAAUUCUUAGGCUCAUUCUUUGUGUUAUGUGCUUAGUCUGUGAAGGCAUUUGUCUUUUACUAGGGAAGGAUUUGGUGUUGCAUUUUUAAAAACUGCUCAAAGAGGAGGGGCACCUGGCUCAAAAAAA